UGGAAUAUCCGAGGUUGAAAACCGGGGACGGAAGAAACCAUGACCUAAUUGUGACACUUUUCCUAAAUUAAUAGUUUCUGGAUUAGAAGAAGACUAGGUAAUAAUUUGCGUCUUGUACGGGAUGUAAUUAUUAGUUUUAUUAUUUUUAAUAAAAAGACAUUAAAUCUGUUUAAUUUGGAUAUUGGUUCGAUUUUAAUUUUUUUUUAAUCUUCUAAAAUAUAAAUAUUAUUUUAAAUUAAUAUUCAUCUUAGAAUGUCUGAACUUUGGAAUAUCAGCGAGCAGUCUUUCGUGUCUUAGGCUAACCAAUUGUUUGAUAUGGAUUUAUGAUUUGGAUUGAGUUUAGUUGACCUAUUGAUUUUUAUUCGUUUUGACAUCUCUAGUAUUGUGUAUCUGUAUUUUAUCGUCAUGGGUUUAUUUCUGUCGGUUGGAAAUCAUAUAUAUAUAUAUAUAUAUAUAUAUAUAAUGAGAGACUUUUUUCUCUUCUAAGAGCAUCCACGUAUGCAAAUAAUAAAAAUUGUGGGUCCCAUUUAUUUUCCGGUUUUGUUUGGUCGACUGGGUUAUGAGUUUGGUUUGAUAGAUUAGUGAAACUCGUGUUUUGUGCUUCACCAGGGCUUAACUUCGCCGUCUCGGCUAUUCACAAUCUUAUCUCUUUGUCUUCCCAGUCGUUAUCUCUUGACCUUCCAUGUGGUUUAAAUGUAUUUUUUUUCUAAUUCUGCCAUAUUUGUUAUUCACAUUGAAUCCAGUAUUCACGUCGACGCCUCCGUUUCCUUCAUCAGAAAUCUAUAAAAAAAAGGAAAAAAAAAUGCAGCAAUCACAAAAUUGCAAGAUCUGUGGGAACGAAGCCAUACACUCUUGCCGUCUUUCGACCCCUAAUCUCAAAGUUCUAUUCGUUUUUGGGUCGUCGCUAUUGAAUAAUACGAUCUCACGUUUUUACAAUGAGUUGAUACGAUAAGCUUCGCUCCGAUCUCUGCAGAUUUUCAAAUUUCCUCUUUUAUUCGAUCGUUUAGUUGAUUUUUUCACGAAUUUCGGAAAUCUGUUCUGUUUCUUCAAUGGAUAAGAAGAUUUCGUUUACCGAUGAUCUUCCUGAUGGUAAUUGAGAUUAUGCAUUUCGGUUUUAGAUUAAAAUCAAAUCUGUGUGUUAGGGUUGUAUGCGGUGUGUAUGUGUUUUUGCUUUCCAAAUCUGAUGAUCUUCCUGAUAGAAGAAUUUUUUUCUUUAAUUUGGAAAGAGAUUUGAUGAAUGAUUCAUCGUAACAUGUCUUGCAGGCACGAUCUCAGCGCUUCUCCAGAAGCAGGACAAUGUGGUGCAGUCUUCCGGGAUCGUGAUAUAUCAGGUCUCGCUGCUGCUAGGAACCUCUAUGAAGCUUCUACUAACGUGACUGUUCUCAAAUCAAGCGAUAGGAUUGGUGGUCGAUCCACACUGAUUACUCCUUUAGUUGUCCUGUUGAUAUGGGAGCUUCUUGGUGAAGUUUUUUUAAUCUAUAUGUGAUGUAUACGUUUUGAACAGCCUUGCGUUCUAAAGCCUUUCUCAAACGUUGUCUAGGUUACAUGGAGUCUCCAAUGACAACCCCUUGGCUCCUAUUAUACGCCGUCUAGGGGUCACCCUAUACCGAACUAGCGGGGAACACUCCAUCUUGUUUGAUCAUGAUCUCGAAAGAUACCCUUUUCCUGCCUGUACGUCCUAUUAUAGUAUAUACACAGGCUUGGAUUCAAGAUUUCGGGGCUAUAAACAUUUCUUGAAGAAGUUCAAUUAUUUUUUUUUUCUUAAUUUGGGGGCCUAUCCUUAUAUAAAAAUCCUUCAAAAAUUUUUGAGGGUCAAGGCCAAUAUUUUAACGAAUUAGUUUUUUGUCAUAGAAAUCAACUCUUAUAAGUAUAAUCUGGCUUUUUCCUAUCUCAGUUAUGGACUUUAUGACAUGCACGGGAAUAAAAUUCCGCCGCAGUUUGUCACUCAAGUUGGAGAUGCAUUCAAGAGGUUUCUCCAAGAGGUAAAAGCUUUGUAUUUUUACUUGAGUUAAAUUUUAGAAUUAGCAUAUCCUUUUGUCGUAAUAAUAGAAUUUGACACAUGUUAGCUUGAUUCUAGAUGGAGAAAAUUAGGGAUGAAACUGUUACGAGCAGGUACUAAUAGGCUUCCCUUAAAGUUAAAAUAUGUUUCAUCUUUAAAUUUUAAUAUUAAAUUGUACAUCUUUUCUCUUGGUGAACACACAUGAAGUUUAUUUUAUUUACAAGGCUCGGGCUCUCGGAUUUUUGAGGUCUUGAGCCAAAUUGACUGGUACUAUGUCUCUUGCACUCGCUGCAGCAAAAAACUAGACAGAUCUGCCGCAUCUCUCCGCCGCAACCAAUGUGUUAAUCACAAUGUCACCAAUGUAGUAAAGUACCGUGUUGAAUUAUUGGUUGAUGAUGGGAAAAACUAUGCCAUUUUUUUGGUGUUCGACAAGGAGAUGCUUAAGCUCGCUAAGCAAGAUGCAGCUGCUCUUCUUCUUGAUGAGGUUAAUGGUGGUGUCGGCAAGAAACUCAAGGCAGAACUUGGAGGGAAAGAUUUAGAUUUCCAUAUACGUGUCACUCCAUACAAUUUCUCCCCAGACCACCGCACCUUCACCAUUUUCGCAAUCAGUGACAGUUUUAACACCGAGAGUUGCAACAUCAAGGAAACACCAUUUUUUGAAGGGAAAUGUGGGGAAGCAUCCACUUCCUGCUUCUGCCAGCAACACAUCUACAACUGACGUGAAAGAAGGUGGAGCAUACACCCCCGUGAAUGAGAGUUUUUAAGCAAUGAAAAUGUGAAUCCAAACUCUGCUUGCAUUUCUUUACAAUUUCUUAUAUUACUAUGCAUAUACUAUUUCAUACUUUCCAGUUAUUCCAUGUUUUUUCAAAGUCGUUUACGGCUACGGACCUCAUCCGACGAGAACAGUUUAUAAGUUUUAAUUGUUAAAAGGGUUGACUUAAAAUUUAGUAUUGUGGUUACAAAAUACGAUCCUGUGUUAUGUACAUGAUACACCUAACAUAAGUAAACAUGCAGUAUAGAAAUAUACAUCCCCUUCGCAUGCGCUAUCUUCAUUAGCAUUUUCAUUUAAAUAGAAUUUCCAACAUCAUACGUGUGCAUAACUAUGAAUUUACACAUCUCUACCCUUCUUCUUAUACACCUCUUCUGAUAAUCACUACAAGCAUACUAACCAAACACUUAGACUCCACCUCCUAUAACAUUUUCACAUACAACAACAUCUAUUUUUAACAUCCCCGCGCUUGCGCGGGGCUCCGCCCCUAGUGUAAUUUAAGUUUGGGGUUUGUACUUUUCUGUUAAUGCCUUAAAAUGGGUUUGCCCCAAGGAUGUAGGUUUUUCGGGCAGAUGGAUUUGAUGGAGAAGUUGGAGUUAGUGGAGCUUCCCAAACUUGAAGGCCACACUGAUAGGGUUUGGAACGUUUUCUGGAACCCUGUCAGUACUCUACCCAUUCUUGCUUCUUGCAGUGGCAAUAACACUGUACGCAUCUGGGAACACAACUCUCUCUCUCACUCUUGGUCUUGCAAGACAGUUUUGGAAGAAACCCACACUAGAACUGUAAGGUCAUGUGCUUGGUCUCCCUCUGGAAAGUUAUUGGCCACUGCAAGUUUUGAUGGUACCACUGCCAUUUGGCAGAAUUUUGGAGAUGAGUUUGAGUGUAUUUCCAAUUUGGAGGGACAUGAAAACAAAGUCAAGAGUGUAUCAUGGAAUGCAGCUGGUUCAUACCUUGCAACAUGUAGUAGAGACAAGUCCGUGUGGAUUUGGGAAGUGUUAGGAGGAGCGAAUGAAUAUGAUUGUGCUGCCGUGGUAAAUGGACAUACACAAGAUUUGAAGAUGGUUCAGUGGCAUCCCACUAUGAAUGUUUUAUUUUCUUGCAGUUUUGAUAACACCAUCAAGUUAUGCUGAUUGGGUUGGGCUAACAGGGAGGGAUGUAAAACUUGAAACUUGUUACAAAAACAAAAUUUAUUAACGUUAGUUGCGUGCUACUCACAGGUGUGGUGGUAUGAAGAUGAUGAUGGUGAUUAUCAAUGUGUCAAAACCUUAGAUUAAUCCAACAACGGUCACUCAUCUACUGUUUGGGCCAUUUCGUUUAAUGCUGCAGGGGACAAGAUGGUCACUUGUAGUGACGAUCUAACCUUGAAGAUAUGGGAGACAGAUAUUGCCAUGAUGCACUCUGGUGAAGCAUAUGCAUAUUGGACUCAUCUUUGUACACUCUCUGGUUAUCAUGAUCGUACCAUAUAUUCAGCUCACUGGUCAAGGGACAACAUUAUUGCGAGUGGAGCAGGCGAUGAUGCUAUACGAUUGUUUGUGGACAGCAACAAUGACUGUAAAAAAAACUUCACCUAAAAAUUUACUUCAAAAACCGAAAUCCUUUUUUUUUUUAUCUCAGUGUGGGCUUUGGCAACUUCUUUCCAUAUAUAUACAUCAAACGUUGUUUGUAUGUGUAACCAGGCUGAUGGACCUUCAUAUAUUCUGUUACUGAAGAAGGAAAACGCACAUGACGUGGAUGUAAACUCUGUCCAAUGGUCACCCGGUGAGGAGAACCGGUUACUUGCCUCGGCCAGUGAUGAUGGGAUGGUCAAGAUUUGGCAGCUUGCAACUAAACAGUGACUGGUUUUUUUGUUCCGGUUAGGUUUGAAACUCCUUUGGUGUUUAUGUAAGACAAAACCUUGAGAGCUUGUUAUUUUUUAUCUUGUUUAAAAAUUUGUUAUAUGUUUUGUUAAAUUUGCUAUGUUUUAUUCUUGAAUAGUUUCCUUAGA